CUGCGGGGCAGCAGCGGCGGCGGCGGGGCUGAGGCGGAGGAGAAGCCGGGACGGGUGCAGGAGGGUUCUGCAGUGCUCAGGCAGCGAGUUUUGAAGCAGGAUGGGAAAGAGACGCUGUGUUCCUCCACUUGAGCCCAAGCUGGCAGCUGGCUGUUGUGGGGUGAAGAAGCCCAAAUUGUCUGGGAGUGGAACGCACAGUCAUGGGAAUCAGACCACAACUGCACCAAGCUCCAGUUCAGGUCCUCUUCAGAACCACCAGCACACAGAUGGGAAUAAUGGAAGGGAGAACGUAUCUGACUUGACUUUGGGCCCAGGAAAUUCCCCAAUUACUCGAAUGAAUCCCACUUCAGGAGCUCUGAGCCCACUUAGUCGGCCCAAUGGAACUGCCAACAGCACCAAGAACCUGGUGGUGACAGCAGAGAUGUGCUGCUACUGCUUUGAUGUACUCUACUGUCAUCUCUACGGGUUCCCUCAGCCACGGCUUCCUCGAUUCACCAAUGACCCCUAUCCACUCUUUGUGACGUGGAAGACGGGGCGAGACAAGCGGCUUCGUGGCUGCAUCGGGACCUUUUCAGCCAUGAAUCUUCACUCAGGACUCAGGGAAUACACAUUAACCAGUGCACUUAAGGACAGCCGAUUUCCCCCCCUGACCCGCGAGGAGCUGCCCAAACUCUUCUGCUCUGUCUCCCUCCUCACUAACUUUGAGGAUGCCAGUGACUACCUGGACUGGGAGGUUGGAAUCCAUGGGAUCAGAAUAGAGUUCAUCAAUGAGAAAGGUGUCAAACGCACAGCCACGUAUUUACCUGAGGUUGCUAAGGAACAAGACUGGGAUCAGAUCCAGACCAUAGACUCCUUACUCAGGAAAGGUGGCUUUAAGGCUCCCAUUACCAAUGAUUUUAGGAAAACAAUUAAACUUACCAGGUACCGCAGUGAGAAGGUGACAAUCAGUUAUGCAGAGUACAUGGCCUCCCGCCAGCAUUGUUUCCAGAAUGGCACCCUUCAUGCCCCCCCCCUCUACAAUCAUUACUCCUGACACACGGCUGCAUGACCAGUCCCACUCCCCAGUUGCUGCCAACGGCUAUGACAUCAUCGGGGCAGACGCCUCCUCUUCCUGGUCCAGUUACUUCUACUACUGCACCAUUUUAUGAUGCUAGCUUCCGUUGCCAAGUCUGCCUUCCCACUGACCUGGGGGGAGGGUGAGAGCGUGACAGGACUUCAGGGGCCCAAGCCUUAUCUCAGCCUUCCCUCCCAGCGGGGGUUCAGUUGGAUUGGGGCUCCAUGCCUACGAACUGUCGUCAGGUGCAGAAGACCUUUAGGAGUGAAAGUGCUGCUUCGGACUGAUCUGUCCCUGGGUUUUACUGACGCUCUGGAAACUGGAGUUGUUUGUUAUGGAAGCCCCCCAGAUCAAGUAGGAGCAUUCCCCUGGCAGCCUGGGCAACGGAGUCCAACAAAACAUUUUUUAGGUUCUUUUUAAUUUUUUUUUUAACCUCUGGUAUCUGUUGUGUACUGAGAGCUGAUUGCAGUCCCCACGCAUCACAGGCGGACAUCAUGAUAUUGGGGAUGGGUUGAACACCUGGAUAGCACCCCGUCCUCAUGGACAGAAAAUAUGUGAAAAAUUAAUCCAUUAUUUAAAUAAACCCUUGAAGGCUUUAAGGCUCAGAUCCUUGGGAGGUUGGAUUCUUGGUGAUGAAGCCUGCUGUGAAAUACAAUGGUGUUUUGCCUGUAAGAGUGACAUGGCACGUGCUGUGUACGCAGAGGAAAGGAUCCUCGAGUGUCCCUGGACAGUCUUUGUUUUGACCAAAUUUUGUUUCCAAAUAUUUGUAAGAGAUAGGAUUAGGGCUGAGGAGGGGUUUGCAGAGCAUUGGCUGUAGUUGUACAAGUGAGACCAGUGACUGAAAUUUGUUUUAAUUUAAGCUAACAGUCUUGGGGACCUUCCUUUUGAUAGAACAGCCACUUUGGCUGGUAUGACUGCUGAUCUUUGGGGCUGUGGGUGUUCCAGUUUAUUCCAGGCCUAUGGAAUGGUGCUGCUCAGUUUUGCUGGUAAGAUUUAUCUUACACAGCUUAGUCAUUGCCACAUGCAGGCAGUGAGUGGGGAAAUCUGUAUUACCCAAAUGGCAUGAAACCCAUGUGCAUUCUGUAGUUCUUCUCCCAUGGUGAUUGAUGGUCACAAGGAAUAAUCUUUAAUGAAAGAAAGUUAUCAGUUGUAUGCUGCAGCAUCAUUGAGGGAUGUCAUAAACUCUAAAUUAUGGCACUCUUUCAAUGAGAUAACGACUCCAGAAUACA